UAUUGGACAAAUUCAGCUAGGUCUCUACACGUUACGUUCCUUUUAAGAAACGUUUAUCAACAGAAUAGUUGUAAUAAAUACACACCAGGCCUCCUCCAGACUCGCAUUUUGGCGAAUCCAGUGCUCUUUCUCCAGUCCUUAUUCAAGGGCACGAUAUUUCUGAGUUGUCCGCUGGCGCCGAAGAGUCAUUUAUGAAUUUAACCGGCCAGAUUGUGACACCUUUGGUUUCCCUAACUUUAUGAAGCAGUAUCUAACAUUAUUCAUGUACCAGGCAUUUCAGAUUGAAUAGCAAUCCGGAUUAGUAGGAUAAUCUAUGAAUGACAAUAUGGAUUCUGAUGAAGUUCAACAAACAGAUGGCAGCACAUUAGAAGAAUCAACAAGUAGUCCUAAUCAAAGGAUGACAAGAUAUCAGAUCCUCACAUUGACGUCAAUCGCAUCUGUCAACUUCAGCUCAAUGAUUUGUUACUCUAUACUGGGACCAUUCUUCCCCAAAGAGCUCUCUGCUGGCUGGGCUCCCUGCUUGUGACAUCAAACCCCUGCAAUUUAUCCUGAAUGCUGCAGCCCGCUUGGUGUUCAACCUUCCUAAGUCAUCCCACUCCUCCGCACACUCCACUGGCUUCCAGUCGAAGUUCGUAGCCACUACAAGACUAUGGUGUUUGCCUAUGGAGUAGCAAGAGGAACUACCUUCAGGCUAUGCUCAAAGCCUACACUCCAACCUGAGCUCUCUGUUCUGUCACCUCUGGUCUCUUGGUACUCCCAACCCUACGGAAGGUCAACUCCCACUCAGCCCAGUCAAAACUCUUUUCUGUCCUGGCACCCCAAUGGUGGAAUGAGCUUCCCCCUGAUGCUAGGCCAGCAAGAGUCCCUGCUCAUCUUUUCCGAAAACAUCUGAAAUCUUACCUCUUCAAAGAGUAUCUUAAUACCCACCGUCUGGCUAGAAGCUCAUUGCAGAUUUUGAAAAUCUUUUAUUUUUAUUUUUGUACUGUUUAAAAAAACAAACAUGUAUCCUGCCCUGUGAUGUCACAGAAGUUUUUUUUUUAGGACCUUUAUCUUUUUGACCACAGAUCAUAGAAAUGUGCUGUUUUCACAUAUGUAGACUGGAGGCUGUGCAAAAAGGUGCCAGUCAGACUGUCAUUGGCCUUAUAUUUGGCUGCUAUGCUCUGUGUAAUCUGAUGGGCUCCUUAGUACUGGGUAAAUAUAUUGUUCAGAUCGGGGCAAAGUUCAUGCUAAUUUCAGGCUUAUUUGUGUCAUCAGUGUGCACCAUUCUCUUUGGCUUACUCGACAAAGUUCCUGACGGAGCUACUUUUAUUAUCCUGUGCUUUAUUAUAAGGUCUGUUGACGCUGUUGGCUUCAGUGCUGCAAUGACCUCUUCUUUCGCAGUUUCAACAAAAGUUUUCCCAAACAGUAUAGCAACUGUUCUGGGUAGUCUGGAGAUCUUUACAGGGCUGGGUCUUAUACUGGGACCACCAAUAGGUGGAUGGCUGUAUCAGUCUUUUGGAUACGAAGUUCCUUUCAUGGCUCUGGGAUGCUUCCUAUUUCUCAUGGUCCCCUUCAACAUGUACAUCUUACCAAGCUUUGAUGCUGAUCCUAGCAAGGACUCCUUCUUCAGGCUGUUCACGCGUCUGAAGAUAGUCCUCAUAUGCUUUGCCAUAUUCACCCUGAGUUCUGGACUCGGCUUUCUAGAUGCGGCCUUGUCCAUAUAUGCCAUUGAUACGUUUAACCUGUCUCCAGGCUAUGUGGGUCUUCUCUUGCUUGGUCUGUCGUUGCCUUACUGUCUAGCCUCACCUCUGCUUGGUAUCGUCAGUGACAGGUUUCCUUCCACGAGGCCGUGGUUCAUGGUGCUAGGAGGCUUGUUUACAGCAACUGGCUUCUGGUUCUUAGGUCCUGUCCCCAUUCUGCAGAUAAAGAGUCAGCUGUGGCUGGUGGUUUUCAUGCUUGGUAUCAUAGGAUUCUCUCUUAGCAUGACUGCCAUCCCUACGUUCCCUGAAAUACUCGACUGUGCAUAUGAAAAUGGAUUUGAGGAGGGGCUGAGCACUCUGGGACUGGUGUCUGGAUUGUUUGGAGCAGUGUGGUCCUUUGGGAUGUUUUGUGGUCCAACGCUCGGUGGCUUCAUCACUCAACAGCUGAGCUUUGAGUGGGCUGCUUCUGUUCAAGGAGGCCUGGCCUUUCUAGCCGCUUUUUUUCUUGGUGUAUAUUUUCUCUGUCAAAGAACACGACAAGAAAGGUCUCCUCAAAUCCAGACGAAAAGACCUUCCGAUGAAGCUACCCAUCUUCUGACCUGAACAACGAUCAUCUACCAGGAACAAUUUCUAUUUUCUGCUAUGAGAAACUGGUCAGAUUAAGAUCCUACACCUGUAUAUGUACAUCGGUGCUAAAUGUGGAAUGUAACUUGUAUUAAAAUAUACAACUAAGAGGAUGAUGCCACACAAGUUAUCAUUUGUUGUCAUAGCAUUAGCAAUCAUAACAGAAGCAGUUCAGUUUGCAUUAUUUCAAUACCAUAUAAGACCUGUGUAUAUAAUUACUUGAACUGUCAAGCACCUCAACUAGCUGUGGUCAAGCUUUGGAACUAUUUGAGUUAGUUUGUUAAAAAGCCAUUUUAAAACACCAUGUACUUCGGAACAGGAAUGUUUCACAAAAUAAUGUUUACUUGACGAUAAUCAAAUGGCAUUUAUACAUAUCAGUUGGCCAUGUUAAUUAUGCACCCAUUGAAAUCCAGUACUAUGUAAAUGCCCCUCAUUCUCCAAUCUUCACAGCACCUGACAUGGGUUAUGCCUGAAUAGUUAACCUCCUUUAUGGCUAUGUAGAUUGACCAAUUACCAUAUCAGUGACGGCAAUAAAAAAAAUUAAAGAUUUUCAAAUGGACCAAUCAAGCAAGUAUUUUAUGUCCAUUUAUUAAGUGAUAUAAAAUGCAGUUCAUUCAAGGACACUAAUAUUUGAAUAUAUGUAACUAAUGUAAGCCUAGUACUUUUACAGUCUGAGUUACUUCUCAGUUGUAGUUACAUGCCAACUAUUUCCAAACACCAUUGCUUUCGGAAGAGAAUGUUUCACAAAAUAAUUUUUACUUGACAACUCAAAGGGUGUAUACACACAGUAUCUGUUAUGUAAAUAUGUACCGCUAUUGAAAUGCAGUACUAUGUAAAUGCCUCAUUCUCCAAUCUCUACGACAUGGAUGAUGUCUGAACAGUGGGGUCAGAACUCCAUGUAUGGAGUGAUUUCAGUGCCAACAAAUUGUAUUUGAUAAUUUUGUAUUCUAUAAUUUUGUAUUUGAUCAUUUUGAAUUCAAUAUUUUUUUUAUUUGUAAUGCACAAAUGUAAUCAUUCAUAAAGGUCCCGAUUUCA